GCUCAGAAUUGUUUCAUUUUUCUGAAUAAAUAUACUAUGAUCAACAAAUAAAUAUAAAGAGUUUCACAAAUAUUUUUUAAAUCAACAAAUACACAAUAAGCAAACCGUAAAUAUAUGUUACAGAUUUCACAAAAAGAAAUGAAAUUCACAAAUAAAUAAAAUGGGAUUUGCAAAUAAAUUUUUUUUUUACAAAUAUAUAUUUAAUUGUAUUUAUUUGUGAAUGGCUUCCUGCUCAUUUGUGAAUCGAGUUCUGUGCAUUUGUGGAUUUGAAACAUUUCUAACGUCAAGAUGUGCACAAGAAUCCACAAAUAGGUGGACUCUGCCCACCGUCUACUCCAACCAAAUGGAACGACGAUCUCGUGGCGCUGACCAAUCGUGGCACGGUCUACCUCCAACCAAUCACGUUCUGAUUUACUCGCUCUUCACACUCCAUCACAGUAGGUGGCGGUAUGCACCUAUCAAGUUGGAUCGCAACCCGCCAUAAAACCUAAAGAAGAAGAAGAACUCCGACUCACAUGCACGUUUAUCAUGGCGGAUCGGGAGGACACCCGACAGGACUCUGUGAGACAACAAGUUUUUCAAAGACUACUUUCUAGAGUGACUUAUGCCUUGGAACACCCACCUCUGGACAUUGAAUAUUUGCAAUUUGUUUGUCGUCAAGAAAUGACUUUGAUUACUGCCAUGUCAGCAAACAUUGGAAUUUCAGAGGACUUGGUCAGAGGUUUGAUGGACUUGGAUUCUCUUAUUCAGCAGCACAAAGAAUCCCAGCAGAUGGCAACUGUGGUGGAGAUUGAAAGACCAGAAGGAUGUGGACGUCCAAGAAUGCACAUAUCAGAGGACAAAUUAAUGUACUUUAUGAAGCUUGGAUUGUCACAGCAAAGCAUUAGUAAAAUUUUAGGUGUGUCUCGUACAACUCUCUAUCGUCGGAUGAGAGAAUGUAACAUCUCAGUUUCAUCCCUCUACAGUAAUUGCACUGAUGAAGAGCUUGAUUUCCUGGUAUCUGAAAUCAAAAGUACUAUGCCAAACAUAGGGUACAGGGUUGUCAGGGGGGCCCUCUUUGCCAAAGGCUACAGAGUGCAGUGGGACAGAAUAUACGCCUCCAUGCGUCUUGUUGAUGGUCUUGGUGUUCUCUCACGAAUGUCCCAACUUGGUUGUGUUGCCCGGAGAACUUAUUCUGUUCCAUAUCCCAAGUAUCUUUAUCAUAUUGAUACAAACCAUAAGCUCAUAAGGUAAUGUUAACUUUAACUCCGAAUUUAAUUACAGUGCAUUGAAAAUGCGCUGUACUGUUCUUACUGGGCUUUUUAUUAUUAUUAUUCCAACCAAAUUUCUGCAAUUAAUACAGCUCGAACCGUGUAACUUAGAAACUUCAUUUAAACUCUCAAACGUGCGGACUAUUCAGGAAUAGUGUGCUAUGA